UAAGGGACUUAAAGAAAUACAUCAAAAACAGAUGGUUCAUUGUGAUUUCCAUACAGGAAAUAUAUUAUUUACUGUAUUGCGCAAAAAAACAUAUAUUUCAGAUAUGGGAUUGUGUAGAGAAGUUGGUAAUAUGAAUAAAGCAAAAAUUUAUGGAGUUAUGCCUUAUGUAGCUCCUGAAGUAUUAAGAGGAAACCCUUAUACUCAAGCAUCGGACAUAUAUAGCUUUGGUAUGAUUAUGUAUAUUACAGCAACUGGAAGACAACCUUUUGCUGAUCAAGCACAUGAUAAGGUUUUAGCAUUAAACAUCUGUAAUAAAGCUAGACCUAAAAUACAUGAGCCAGAAGCACCAAAAUGUUAUAUUGACUUAAUGAAAAAGUGUUGGGAUUCAAAUCCAGACGAAAGACCAUGUGCAACUGAAAUAUAUGAUCAAAUAUCUUCUUGGAAUCAAUAUAUAAAUAAUGAUUCAUUUAAACAAGCAGAAGAAUAUCGAAAAGCAAAUCUUCCUUUUUUUAUAGUUGGCCAAGCAACUAAUCAUCCUCGGGCUAUUUAUACAUCUCAAAUACUCAAUUCCUUUACGGAUGACCUAAAAUGUGAUGAUAGUAAUGAUAAUAUUAAUAGCGAAUGUUUAGACUGUGCAAUAUAAAUAAUUUAGAAGUUACUAUAUGAUCAUAUUUGCAACUCGAAUGAAAUAUUUUUUUUUUACAAGUUGCCUUAGUCCCUGACAGGGCAUUCUAAACUGUUCAAUGUGAGACAAUAACUUAAAAUUAGAAACAGG